GUCGAAGUUCGUCUUCUACCUUACGCAUCCGUCCGACCGGAACUCAUCCCCACUGCCGUCCGAGCGUUGAUAGAAAGUGGAGACAAUGCACUUCUCUUAGGGCCGUUGACUGAAUGGGAACAUAUCUCCAUCCUGCAGAGGAACGUGGAACAAAUCAUAGUGGCGGAAUUUGAUCCUCCAGUGCCGAACGUACUUCUGCGAAAUGCACAUGUGAACAUACAUCUCUAUAGACCUGUGAACAUCAGUGAGAAUCUCGCUGCAGAAUUGGAUGGCGACGAUCAAGAAUCAGUCUCCGCAGCUACGAUCAUAGAUCUUCCUGCUCAGUCUCUUGAAGGUUUAUGGGAAAAUUUGAUCUAUCCCCCUCCACUCAAAUCGACGCUGCUCAAUAUGGUUCGAACAUCUAUGGUUCUAGGGGAUCUCGGUGUGAAUCCCAACAUUGUCGCUUUAAACCGUUUAGUUCUCUUACACGGUCCACCCGGGACGGGUAAAACGUCGUUAUGUCGAGCAUUGGCUCAAAAGCUGUCCAUUCGGUUGUCAGAUACAUACGCACAUGGCAAGUUAGUGGAGAUAAAUUCUCAUUCUUUAUUCUCCAAAUGGUUCUCCGAAUCCGGUAAAUUGGUUCAGAAACUAUUCUCAAGUGUUAUGGAGAUGGUCGAGAGGGAAGAUUGUUUCGUCGUUGUGCUCAUAGAUGAAGUGGAAUCACUCACAAUCGCACGAGAUUCAUUUUCUGGCGCCAGUGAACCUGGCGAUGCUCUAAGAGUUGUAAAUGCGCUGUUAACCCAGCUGGACAAGCUCCGGUCCAAGACGAAUGUUUUGGUUCUGACCACGUCAAAUUUAUCACAUACCAUCGUUUCAGAUAAGGCAUUCAUAGAUCGUGCCGAUAUAAAAGAAUACGUUCCUCCUCCUAUCCCAGAAGCCAUUUACUGGAUUUUACGGACGACCUUGGUAGAGCUCAUGAACCGUGGAUUGGUUCAGCAGUUGGAUCUGCCACUUUGGAAUUUGAUAGCUAUGUCGAAGGUCAGAGCUCAGAAGGGGGAGGCGAAGGAGGGACAGAAAGUAGGGAUUGAUUUAGCCAGAGUGGCUCAGGAGUGUCAUUCUCAUGGUCUAUCAGGUCGUUUUCUCCGCCGUAUCCCAGCUCUGGCACUCGCCAUUCAUUUCCGCGGUCGAACUCGUCCCCGAUCCUGCGAAAGAUGGGUCGAGGCUUUUUUCAAAGUGAUAGAAAAUGAAGUGUCAGAUAGAAGAAAGAUCGCACGGGAAGAAGUGUCGACCAUUGAUUCAAAGAAUAUUCCAAUCAAUCUUUCUCCAUCAAUAAUGUCUUCUGGGCAACCUUAA